UCUUCGUGAAAAGGUUAACAAGAUGGGUGAAGAUACGAUAAAUAUUGAAGAUAUGUAUCAAAGAAAUUACAAAGUUAAACUUGUAAAAGCUUCUGCAAUGACGUUUCUGUGUGGAAGUGGGUGGCAAGAAUUUGUGAUUACUCAUGAUAUUGAUGAUGGUGAUCGAGUUUGUUUCCACUUCAAAGAAGACUUGGUGACCAUGAUUGCAUUUGUUUACCGAGAUAAGCUUGUAUGGCGUGAUGGAAAGAAGGUUCUUGCGACAAAUGAAGUUCAACCAACUUACAUGAAAGGGCUUGUCCGUUCUUUCAAAAUGGAGAUGAGUAGCACUGACAUCAAUUGCAUGCUUACACUUAACAGGUCUAUUACUGAAGAACUAUGCUUGCCAAGAGAAGGUGAAGUUACACUUAUCAAUCGCAGAGGUGAUGUUAAAGUGGAAGGUGGAUACUCCAUUUCUGCUGAUGAUGGUUGUCUUGGUUUGACAUAUGGCUGGAAGGAUUUUCUUGAAAGAUUUCCAAUUCCAAUUAGAUCUAUCAUUGAAGUGAAUGUGGUGAAAGAGAAUAAUAAGUUGAUCAUGUACUUCCUACUGCUGGAGGUAGAUGUGUAGGGCGUCAGAGUUAUAUAUGAAGUAAAUUAUAAACUGUGGUCAUAUGUUAAC